AUGGCCAAGCCCCCGGUCGCUGUCGUCACCAUCAGCCGGAGCAACUCGAACAAGACUCUCUUCGACGACGACAUUGAAGCUGGCCGUGACUGUUGCGACGAGGACGGUUCCGAUAUGGAAUCCGACGACGACCGUUCCACCGGAGAGAAGUUCCUGAAGCGUGUGCAUGCUGAGGGGGAGGCUCAAGUUCCAAUAGACACCGAGUAA